CUGACUCAGGGAGCCCAGGAGCCCGUGCUAGUCCAUCUGCGUGUGGCUCUUGCACCAAUAGCUCAAGCAGGUGACAAUGGCCAGUGUGGACUGGGGAGAGCCUGAGGCACUGGACUCCCCUCAAGGCCCGAAGCAGAACUGGCACCAGCGGAUUUUUGUCUACCGCAGCCUGGCACUGGGGAAGAUUCGUUGCUUUGGCUUCGACAUGGACUACACUCUGGCUGCCUACAAGUCCCCAGCCUAUGAGGCCCUGGCCGUCCAGCUGCUGCUUGAGCUCCUAGUGUGUAUCGGAUACCCACAUGAGAUCCUGUGCUACACCUACGACCCCACCUUCCCCACCAGGGGGCUGGUGUUCAAUGCGCUCUGUGGGAACCUCCUGAAGGUGGAUGCCCACGGGAACGUGCUGCUGGGUGCCCAUGGCUUCACCUUCCUCUCAGAGGCAGAGAUCUGGAGCUUCUACCCCAACAAGUUCAUUCAGAGGGAUGACCUGCAGCGCUUCCACAUCCUCAACACGCUCUUCAACCUGCCUGAAACCUACCUGUAUACCUGCCUGGUGGACUUCUUCUCCGGCUGCUCCCGUUACACCAACUGUGACACCAGUUAUCAGCAUGGGAACCUCUUCAUGUCCUUCCGAAGCCUCUUCCAGGAUGUGACUGAUACCAUGAAUAAUGUCCACCACUCGGGCUGUCUCAAGGAGAAGACCCUGGAGGACUUGGAGAAAUACGUGGAGAAGAAUCCACGCCUCCCCAUCCUGCUGGGGAAGAUGAAGGAGGUUGGCAAAGUGUUUCUGGCCACCAACAGCAGCUACAACUACACCGAUGCCAUCACGACCUACCUGUUCAGCAUCAGUGAGGCUGAAGCCUCGGUCAGGCCCUGGAGGUCCUACUUCGACCUGAUAGUGGUGAAGAUGCAGAAACCCUGCUUCUUUGCAGAGGGGGUGGUCCUGAGGCAGGUCAACACGGACUCCGGAAAGCUCCGCGUGGGCACCUACACAGGGUCGCACCAGCACUGUGCUGUCUACUCUGGAGGCUCAUCGGACAUGGUGUGCGAGCUGCUUGGGGUUCGGGGGAAGGACAUCCUGUAUAUUGGGGACCACGUGUUUGGGGACAUUCUGAAGUCCAAGAAGCGGCAGGGCUGGCGGACUUGCCUGGUGCUUCCUGAGUCCUGGGAGCUGGACAUCUGGGCCCGGGAGAAGGAGAGGUUGGAGGAGCCGAAGAGGCCGGACACGCACCUGGCAGACAUAUACCAGCACGUGGAUGAGAGCAGUUGUGAGCUGCAAGCCAUCAACUUUACCAAGAGAGAGAUCCAGACACUCUUCUCCAGCCUUCUGAUGCGCUACGCUGACCUCUACACUGCCACCUGCCUCAACUUCCUGUACUACCCGCUCAGCUCACUGUUUCGGGCGGCCCCGGAGUUGAUGCCACAUGAGUCAGUCGUGGAGCAAGAACAGGCCAGUCUGGACCCUGCCUCCUGCCUCCUGCCUCCUCUCCUGCAGCCAGAGGUUCAUCAAGAGAAGCCACUACCAAAUCGUGUUCCUGCAGCAUUUCCGGGUAGCGGGACACUGCUCGCUCAAUCCUCGACGAACGCCGUACAGGAGUGAUAAGUUUCAUGUCUUGCACUUCUGGCAUCCCAUUUAUUCUGAGAGAUAGCAAG